GUGGGUGCUUGGCGGAAUGAUGGUGGUGGCGUAGGGCCUGGCUAACGCGAGGUUGGAGAGCAUUGCUGUUAGUUAAAAUGACGACAGCGGCGAGGCCAACAUUUGAACCCGCAAGAGGAGGAAGAGGAAAAGGUGAAGGAGACUUAAGUCAGCUAUCCAAACAGUAUUCCAGCAGAGACCUUCCUUCUCAUACUAAAAUCAAAUACAGACAGGCCACUCAGGAUGCUCCUGAGGAGGUGCGUAACCGGGAUUUCAGAAGGGAGCUGGAGGAGAGAGAACGCGUUGCUGCAAGAGAGAAGAACAGAGACAGACAAACCAGAGAACACACAACAUCAUCAUCCUCUGUGUCUAAGAAGCCUCGUCUAGACCAGAUUCCAGCAGCAAAUCUUGAUGCAGAUGAUCCCCUUACUGAUGAAGAUGAUGAAGAUGAGGAGUUGGAAGACAGUGAUGAUGAUGACACUGCAGCUCUUCUGGCUGAACUGGAAAAAAUCAAGAAAGAACGAGCUGAGGAACAGGCUCGAAAGGAACAAGAGCAAAAAGCUGAAGAAGAAAGAAUUCGGAUGGAGAACAUCCUGAGUGGUAACCCACUGUUGAACCUUACUGGCCCAGCACAGCCUCAAGCAAACUUCAAAGUGAAGAGGAGAUGGGAUGAUGAUGUUGUCUUCAAGAAUUGUGCCAAGGGUUUGGAUGAAUCCAAAAAGGACAAAAGAUUUGUGAAUGAUACUCUGCGAUCAGAAUUCCACAAAAAGUUCAUGGAAAAAUACAUCAAGUAGUACAGUUUUAUGUGCAGUAGUACUGAAGGACUCAGAAUGUCAUGGGUGUUCCCUCCCUUUCCCUCAGGAUUCAAGGCUGAAUACUUGGUCAUGAAUUCCCAUAUGCUUUUCCAAGAUCAUCAUCAGCUUCAUAAUUCAUAAUGCUGUGUAUUGAGAUUUUAUUCCUGCAGUAUGACUUCCUUUUCAGUUCUAAUUAAAUCAGUUUGUGUUUCAUGAA